UUUUUUUAAAGAGCAGUUUGUCAAACAUAACAACGAACAUUCCAGCAAUGUGAAAAUUUAUAUGCAAGUCGAGCCGAGAUGGGCCCGCGAACUUGAGAGGAAUUCCGACUCAGUUGCCGGGGUAACCGAGCUCAGUACCGGAACGAGCACGCGUCCAAAAGCAUAACAAAAAACGAAGACGCCCCGAGUUCCGGGCCGGGCCUGUACUUCGGCGGUCCGCCACUCGCCGCGACUCCAGAGACCAGAUGAGAUGCCGGCAAGAACAUUAGCCGCCUAUCCUCACAAGGGUCGCCGGACUGCUGGAGCCCGUCCCAGCUGUCAACGAGCAGGAGGCAGGGUACACCCUGAACCGGUCGCCAGCCAAUCACAGAGCACAUCGAGACAGACAACAGUCGCACUCACAAUCGCACCGAGAGUGUCCGAUGAAUGUUGCAUGUUUUGGGGAUGUGGGAGGAAGCCGAACGCCCGGAGAAAAGCCAAGCGGGCACGGGGAGAACGUGCAAACUCCGGUCCUCAGAACUGCCAGGCUGAAGAAGGAAACGUGGAAUACAAGCUGAAGCUGGUGAACCCCAGCCAGUACCGCUUCGAGCACCUGGCCACGCAGCUCAAGUGGCGCCUGCAGGAGGGCCGCGGCGAGGCCGUCUACCAGAUCGGCGUGGAGGACAACGGGCUGCCGGUGGGCCUGAGCCGCGCCGACAUGGCCGCCUCCGUGGGGACCCUGCGCAAGAUGGCCGACAAGGUGGGCGCCGACAUCGCGCUGCUCCGGGAGAGGCGGGUGGACUCGGACGCCGGAGGAGGCGGGCGCAGGAUCGCCGAGGUCCUGGUGCGCAAGGUGCCCGACGACCAGCAGUUCCUGGACCUGCGCGUGGCCGUGCUCGGCAACGUGGACUCGGGCAAGUCCACGCUGCUGGGCGUGCUGACGCAGGGCGAGCUGGACAACGGGCGGGGCCGAGCGCGCCUCAACCUCUUCAGGCACCUCCACGAGAUCCAGACGGGACGCACGUCCAGCAUCAGCUUCGAGAUCCUGGGCUUCGACAGCAGAGGAGAAGUGGUCAACUACAGCGAGUCCCGCAGCGCCGAGGAGAUCUGCGAGACCUCCUCCAAGAUGAUCACCUUCAUCGACCUGGCGGGACACCACAAGUACCUGAAGACCACCGUCUUCGGACUCACCAGCUACUGCCCGGACUUCGCCAUGCUGGUGGUCAGCGCCAACACCGGCGUGGCCGGAACCACCAGGGAGCACCUGGGCCUGGCCAUGGCGCUGAAAGUUCCCAUCUUCAUCGCGGUCAGCAAAGUGGACGUCUGUUCCCGGGUGGGCGUGGAGCGAACGCUCAGACAGCUGGAGAGACUCCUCAAGCAGCCGGGAUGCAACAAGGUUCCGCUCGUGGUCCACACGCCCGACGACGCCGUCGCCGCCGCUCAGCAGUUCGCCCCCGCGGCGUGUGUGACGCCCAUCUUCACACUGUCCAGCGUGUCGGGAAAAGGUCUGGACCUCCUCAAGGUCUUCUUGAAUAUUCUUCCACCCCUCAGCAACAGCAAAGAGCAGGAAGAACUCAUGCAGCAGCUCACCGAGUUCCAGGUAGACGAGAUCUACUCCGUUCCUGACGUUGGCACCGUGGUGGGCGGGACUCUGUACAGCGGGGUGUGCCGCGAGGGCGAGCGCCUGGCGGUGGGCCCCACGGAGGCGGGCGGCUUCCUGCGCGUGAAGGUUCUGUCCAUCCAGCGGAACCGCGCCACCUGCAGGCUGCUGAGGGCGGGGCAGGCGGCCACGCUGGCCCUGGGCAACCUGGACCGGACGCUGCUGCGCAAGGGUAUGGUGAUGGUGAGCCCCAAGAUGAAGCCCAGCGUCUGCCGCCACUUCGAGGCGGCCAUCGUUCUCCUUUUCCACGCCGGAACGUUCCGCCGAGGCUCGCAGGUGACGGCGCACGUGGGCAACGUCAGGCAGACGGCGGUCGUGCAAAGCGUGCACGGGAAGGACGAGCUGAGGACGGGGGAGCGAGCCGUGGUGGCGUUUCGCUUCCUCAAACAUCCCGAGUAUCUUCGGACCGGCGCCAAACUCCUCUUCCGAGAGGGAGUCACCAAGGGCAUAGGACACGUCACCUGUGUCCUGACCGCAGAACACAACCAGAACCACUAGAAUCAGAAGCGCGGGACCGCAACCCAAACCGUCAGAAUCCAGUCAAAUAAAACUCAACAACUGCAGCCGUAGGCAUCGGAAGCAACCACCAGAACCGCUACAACCGACACCGCCAAAGUCACCCAAAUUAGUACUACAACUGCUGGAAUCACAAGAAAAGAAAAAAAAAAAAAAAAAAGAAACCAAUACAACUACCGACCCACCAGAA